GGCAAUUAAUUUUUCCCAUUUGGACUCGAGUCCAAAGCCCAAACUCAUUCGCGCUCUCCUCUUCAACGCUUCCAUGGCCUCCGCCGCCGCCGCCACUUCCCACCAAGCGCCGCCGACGCGGCCGCCGCCGCCAUACUUGUUCGGCCGACCAUGGCCGGAGCUCAACGAGGGCUUGUCGUACACGGACGUGAUUCGAUGCGCUCACGCAUGUCCCUCGUUGAUCGACUUUUACUCGUCCAAUUACAUGAGCUCCGCCCCACGCGAAGGUUGGAUUCAGAGGAUUCGGAAUGGGCAGAUUACAAUUGAUGGUGUAGUGGUUAGAGAUCCCAGCAGUGUACUAAGAGAUGGUUCGCGAGUGGUGUAUCACCGUAUACCGUGGAAGGAGCCACAAGCGCCGCAUUUGCUUCCAGUCCUCUACGAAGAUGAUGAUAUGAUUGCUAUUAAUAAACCUUCUGGUUUGCAAGUUCUACCUGGAGGGCUUUUCCAGCAGCGUACUGUGUUAAUGCAACUUCAGUGGAAAGAUUGGAAUAAUACAACAUCAUGUUGUUCGAAAAGAAAAGCACAUCCAGUACCCGUUCAUCGUUUGGGAAGAGGCACAUCAGGUAUAUUACUCUGUGCUAAGACCAAGAUUGCUAAAGUUCGGCUCGCAUCUUACUUUGCCGAGGGCACAGCAAAUGGUACAGUUGAGAGAGAUGAACCAGAGUUUCAUAAAGCACGCCGAAUUUCAAAAUUCUAUCGAGCGUUGGUUACAGGAGUGCUUGAAAAGGAUGAGGUUGAAAUCAACCAGCCUAUUGGGUUAGUUCAUUACCCAGGAGUAGCUCAUGGGCUAUAUGUUGCAUCUUCAUCAGGAAAGCCAGCAAUGAGUAAGGUUUGUGUUCUUGAGAGAGAUCUGGAAAAAAGCCAAACAUUAGUGCAGGUUGAAAUCUACUCAGGUCGACCUCACCAAAUUAGGAUUCACCUAGCAUCCAUUGGGCACCCUCUUUUAGGGGAUUCUCUCUAUGAAACUGGUGGGCAGCCUAAGUUUUGUGAGUCAGAACAUACCAAUGGAUGUUUUGCAGAAGAUGGAGGUUACCAGAAGCCACUACAACCUGUUCCUGGGGACUGUGGCUAUCACCUGCAUGCGCAUUGGCUUGUUCUCUGUCAUCCAACGACAAAUGAUAUACUAAAGAUCGCUGCACCAUUGCCGGUAAUCUUGCAAACUCGAGAAGAGCUACAGCAAAGAAGAUGCGAGUAGAGGAAUUAGAUUUGCAGCUGAUUCCCUUCCCUCUUAUAAAAUGUUGCCAGAAAAAGGUGAAAGCUUAUUUGCUGCUUGUUUCUGUCAUUUCCCAUUUGCGAUUCAAGAACAUUGUGUAGUUCCUUCCAUGCUCUGUGCUGAAUUUUAAAGGUCUGCUGUCUCUGUUAGAGGGGAACUUUUUCAUUUUGCAAACCCACGGAGAAGAGAUAAGUUUAAAUAUAUGAAAUGAUAAGUUUAAAUAUAGGCUUGAUUAUAAAAACCACCCCUGCACUUCAUUCCGUGUACUAAAUACUUUCCUAUAUAAAAAAUUUAACCAAUGUCAAUUCUGUAUUUAAGUUCCAUCUCAAAUUGGUGUGAAUUUAUGUAUUUUUAAUAUCAAAUGAUAUUUGCCGUA